AAAAACAGAAAACAAAACGUGGGUAACACAAAAACAAGAUUAAGGAUAUAAAUUUAACUAAGACAAAGACUAGGAAAACUGAGGAAACAAGAAACUCUAAAACAUAACUUUUACCGUAGAAUAACUAGAAAAUACAAAAACAGAAGACCUGGAUCGUUGUAUCAAAAAGAUACUAAGGAACACAAAACACAAACUCUACUCAUGAACAUGCAGUCACAAAAAUACAAAACUUGGCUAUUUGCAAGACACAGAUACAAAAGACUCCACAAGCAAACACUCAUACACUGGGCUAUUUAUACACAGGGAGGGUGAAGACAGGUAAUGAGGGGGUGGGGUUACAAACAAGACACAAGGUGAUAACACUAAUGGCUAGGGAAGGGCUAGGGCGGGGCCAGGGCGGAGACAGGACAAUAACAAAACAAUGCCAUGUGCUCAAAAAAGCACAUGGCUGGGGACACAAGACAGGGAAACAGGGCAGGAGCACAGAAAACCAAAACACAGGACAGACACAGGCUAAGGUGUGACAGUAUACAGUAAAAAACCUAUAUUUGAUUAAUGUUCUAAUUCAUAUUAUGUCAAGAACUACUCAAGUAAAGUAAAAAUAUUUUAAGAAAUGAUGGUCAGUCAAUCUGAUCAAUUUAAAAGUCACAAAGACCAUCAAAAACAUUAUGAUGAAAUUGGCUCUCAUCAGGACAGCCCCAGGAAAGAAAUACCACCUGUUGCACAGGAUACGUUUAUCAGAGUUACACCAGAUAAGUGACACCUUUUUUGGUUUGUUUUACACUUUUAACUUACUAUAUGAUUCCUUAUGUGUUCUUCAAAAAUGUGUAAUGUUGGAAAAAUGAAUAGCGUUAAAUGAAACUAGCUGGUACUGUAUAUACAGUAUUAGGGGUUAAUGCAGAACAGAAGUUCUGAAGUUUUUUUUCUGGAAGCGUUUUUAUAUGAAAGGUGAGUGAUGAGGUUGUCGUUGAUGAGGCUGUCAGUUAUGAGGAUGACUAAGAUGAUGACGAGUGUGUGUGGCGCUUUUGACCCGAGCGGUGGGCUGGGAUUCUUCAGGCGGACCCCUCCUCCCCAGCCCAGCGCUCAGAGGGAAAUUGAGAGCUAUAUUUGGAUGGGCAUGAUGUCACAAGUGGUUGAGGGAGAAGCUUAUAACAGGGUGGCUGGGCUGUGUGUGUGAGUGUGUGUGUGAGAGAGAGAGAGAGAGAGUGAGGAAACCAGUGACAGUACCUCCCAGCACCAGUACCUCCCAGUAGAUACCAGUGCAGCUCUUCACUGAACCCCUGAAACUCCUGCAGUUAUCUGCUGAUUUCUCCAGUGCUGCGAUGUAUCAUCUGAAAGUGCCUGUCCUGCUUCUGCUGCUCCUCGUUCUUCUACAGUGUGUGACCACAGCGCCCAACUACAGGUACUCCAGCUCCUCCGCUGAACGGCCAGGAGAGGCAGAAGGCUGGAUGGCUCCGGGUCUGUCGUUGACUCCUUUUCUGGAAUUUGCUGGGUCACGACCCCAGAGGGGACUCAGCGCACUUAACAGUCAGCAGCAUCACAUAGAGAAGAGAAGAUGCAACACAGCCACGUGUGUCACUCAGAGACUGGCAGACUACCUCGUCCGCUCCAGUAACACCAUGGGCACCGUCUACUCCCCCACUAAUGUGGGCUCCAGCACCUACGGAAAGAGAGAUGUUCCAGUCUCGAAGCUCAGCGCCUCUCUAGUGCGCACCGUCCAUCCCGUCCUGUCUGAAACAUAUGUAAAUAAUAAAAUAUGAAAGAAAUGUAAUAUACCUGACCCACAGUGAUUACUGAACUGGUCCGCUUUUUAACAGUCAGUGCCUUUUGGUAUAAAACACCCCCACACAGCUGCCACCGUGUACAGUAACCAAGUACUGCAGAGGAAAUAAAAUAAGAACAAUAAUGUAUUAUUAAAGCCUUUUGUUUUCAUUUGAUUUUAUAAUAAAAAAUAUACACUCAA